UGCUGGAUCGCAGCCCGCGCCGCCACGCUUUGACACGCGGCUGGUCUCCGGUACACACACACACACACACACACAAGUACUCGGUCGUUUUUCCCUUCGUGACUCAAAUCUUGCAAACUAUUUUUUUUUCCACCCGCGAGUGUAUUUCCUGGGACGAUCGUUCAAAGAGGAAGCGAGCGGGCCAUGGCCUUCCUUGGGCGUGCAGUCCGGCGCGUGGCGUCGGUGGCGCGGCCUCCUCUCUCUCCCUUGUGUCGGGCGACCGCCCGGUCCUACAGCUCGGAGCCCACUAAGGAGAAAAGUGUUCCCUACGAGAAGACGCUCCAACAAAAGGAUGAAGCCUCCUCUGGACCCACUAAGCCUUUACCCAGAUCAGCGGAUGUAGUGGUGAUCGGCGGAGGCAGUCUGGGCUGUCAGACCAUCUACCACCUGGCUAAGAUGGGGAUGACCAACGUAGUUCUGCUGGAGAGAGACCGGCUGACUGCCGGCACCACCUGGCACACUGCAGGCCUCCUGUGGCAGCUCCGUCCCAGUGAUGUCGAGGUAGAGCUCUUGGCCCACACCAGGAAUGUGAUCAGCAAAGACCUGGAGGAGGAGACGGGUCUCCACACGGGCUGGAUCCAGAACGGAGGACUCUUCAUCGCCUCCAACAAGCAGAGGCUGGACGAGUACAAGCGCCUCAUGUCGCUGGGUAAGGUCUAUGGUAUAGAGUCCCACGUCCUGUCACCCGCCGAGACCAAGGACCUUUAUCCUCUGAUGAACGUCGAUGAUCUGUACGGAACCCUGUAUGUGCCAAAAGACGGCACCAUGGACCCAGCAGGCACCUGCACCACCCUGACCAGAGCUGCCACUGCCAGGGGGGCAAAGGUGAUCGAGAACUGCCCGGUGACCGGUAUCCAAGUGCGGGCAGAUGCCUUGGGUGUGAAGAGGGUGAAGGCAGUGGAGACCGCUCAUGGGACCAUUGAGACGCCUUGUGUGGUGAACUGUGCAGGUGUGUGGGCUACCAAGCUGGGGCAAAUGGCUGGUGUCAAGGUGCCGCUUGUUGCAAUGCAUCAUGCCUAUGUGGUGACAGAGAGAAUUGAAGGCAUACAGAACAUGCCAAAUGUCAGGGACCAUGACGCCUCGGUGUACCUGCGACUCCAAGGUGAUGCCCUGUCUGUUGGGGGUUAUGAAAACAACCCCGUCUUCUGGGACGAGGUGUCGGAUGACUUUGCCUUCAGCCUGUUUGACCUUGACUGGGAUGUAUUCACGCAACACAUCGAGGGGGCCAUCAACAGAGUUCCUGGUCUGGAGCAGACUGGCAUCAAGUCCACUGUCUGUGGACCAGAAUCCUUCACAGCUGAUCACAAGCCGCUGAUGGGAGAAGCCCCAGAGGUCAGAGGUUUCUUCUUGGGCUGUGGCUUCAACAGCGCUGGCAUGAUGCUGGGAGGCGGUUGUGGUAGAGAGCUGGCUCACUGGAUCAUACAUGGCCGCCCUGAGAAGGAUAUGUAUGGUUACGACAUCAGGCGCUUCCAUAACUCGCUGACAGACAACACGAGCUGGAUCAGAGAGAGGAGCCAUGAGUCGUACGCGAAAAACUACUCGGUGGUGUUCCCCUUUGAUGAGCCGCUGGCCAGCCGGAACAUGAGGAAGGACCCGUUUCAUCAGGUGCUGACGGAGCAGGGCUGUGUGUUCCAGGAGAGACAUGGCUGGGAACGACCUGGCUGGUUCAACAAAGACGGGGCCGCUCCUCUUAAAGAUUAUGAUUACUACGGGGCUUAUGACAUUAAGAAGAAUGUGAACUACAAGUACAACGAAUUGCUGGGAAAAGAGUACACGUUUGACUUCCCUCCACAUCACGACGUGAUUAAGAGCGAGUGCCUCUCGUGUAGACACGGCGUGGCCGUGUUUGACAUGUCCUACUUCGGCAAGUUCUAUCUCACCGGACCAGAUGCCAAGAAGGCGGCGGAUUGGCUGUUCACAGCUGAUGUCAACAAGAAGCCAGGCUCCACCGUGUACACCUGCAUGCUGAAUAAGAAAGGAGGGACGGAGGCUGACCUGACGGUGAGCAGACUGGAGCCCGGAGCUGCCGACCUGCCGCUGGCACCACAGUCCCAGGGUGAUGCGUACUACCUGGCCAUCGGCGGCGGUGUAGCAGAACACAACUGGAACCACAUCAGAACAACUCUCCAGGACCAAGGCUUCCACUGCCAGCUGACAGACCACUCCGAGGACAUGGGGAUGAUCAGCAUCCAGGGACCCAAGAGCCGAGAGGUGCUGCAAGAGGUGUUGGACACAGACCUGAGCAACAAAGAUUUCCCCUUCUCCACACACAAGGUUGUCAGCGCAGCAGGGCAUCAGGUGCGAGCUAUGCGUCUGUCAUUUGUCGGAGAGCUCGGCUGGGAGCUGCACAUUCCCAAAGGCUCUUGCCUGGCAGUCUACCAUGCCGUCAUGGCUGCCGGCGCAAAGCACGGCAUCAUCAACUCCGGCUACAGGGCCAUCGACUCACUCAGCAUAGAGAAAGGGUACAGACAUUGGCACGCCGACCUUCGUCCAGACGACACCCCCUUGGAGUCGGGCCUGGGCUUCACCUGCAAACUCAAGAGCUCCAUCCCGUUCCAGGGCCGCGAGCGGCUGGAGAGCCAGAAGGAGGAGGGGCUGAGGAGGCGCAUCGUCUGCUUCACCAUUGAUGAGAAAGUACCCAUGUUUGGUCUGGAGGCCAUUUUCCGAAACGGCACUCCUGUUGGUCACCUACGGCGUUCUGACUACGGCUUCUUUGUCGACAAAACUAUUGGAUAUGGAUACAUCCGCAACCCCGAUGGAGGAGUGGUGACUGCAGAUUUCAUAAAGAAGGGGGCGUUUACACUGGAGAGGAUGGGGGUGACGUACGAGGCUAAAGCCCACCUCAAAUCUCCCUUUGACCCUGAGAAUAAACGCAUCAAGGGCAUCUAUGCGUGAGAGGGACCACGCACGUGAAGCCUGCUGAGGUGCAGCUGUGGUGUUUGGAGCUGAUUUAGUCUUAACGUGCUGGACUCUCUGUCUAUGCAUCUAUACCAUGAAUCUCAAAUGUGAACGCUUUCCUCUCUCAUUCAAUAUAGAAGUUGGAGAAGAGAUGGUCUAAAAUCUGUAUGACGAUAUAAAAGGUGCGUAUUUGAUUCUGGUAUGAAUGAUGUGUUAUUAUGCCCAACCUUUUUAACCCUCUUUGGGUUUGAUAUGAAGUAAAUUCAUUCUUAUUGUCUUUAGUAAUCAAUGUUAGUUUUGGAGUAUCACUGGUGAAACAGGAAAGGAACCAGCUGACUUUGAAAAAGCCAGCUUUUUUCCUGGAUUGAUUUUAACCGCACAUGAUCAUCUUUGGUUUAAUAAAACAAAACUCAACCUAACCUUAGUUGCUGUGUGUGUGUGCGUGUAAAUACCUUAAAUUCUCAAUUGUUUUGCCAGAGUUUGUGCUCUGAGAAAACUACGGCAUCACUUUUUGGGGCUCUAGGAUAAUUGUAGGUCAUCAUUCUAAUUUUGUCCUAAUUUUGCAGCAUGUUGUAUUAUGAUGCAGUGCUUUGAUAUUUCAUCUUAAAUCCAACCUCUGACGCCUUUCAAAAUCCUCUUAAGGAAUACAGCUAUGCUCCAACGUUAUACUACCUUUAUUAUAGCAGUUUCAUUAAAAAAAAAACUAUUAUGUCCUGAUAAUGAGGAGUGUUUAUCCGGGUUGGAGGGUAAUGGAGAAUAGAAGCACCCCGAGGCAUCGAGUUCCAGCCGAGGACAAAACACUGCUGGGGAAAGAAAAGAGGUUUUUAGUAAGAAGCUGCUACAGAUGGAACCCCUUGUUCCCUGUUGCUCUGCGCCAUUAAACUUCUGUUGCAGUCCGUUCCAGUUAUGUUUUUUAAACGGAUGCAUUUUUAUUUGAUAAGACGUCUGCCAAUUAUGCGUUCUCUUUUGCUGUUCGAUUGCACUCACUUGUGCAUAUGCUUCUCCAAACGGGUCUCACUCCCAGCUGGUUGAAUACUGGGGCUUGGUGGACGUUGGACGGGUCAAACAAACAUCCACGUUUCAUCCAUUUUUCUUACUUAUCAGCCUACAAGCUAAUUGCAAAAAUGUAUUUUUGUUCUGACACUUGAUUUGCGUCUAAAUCCACUUAAAUCCACACAGUUUGGGCCCAAGUUCAUCACUGAACAGCAGCCAAGAAAGUGUGUGUGUUGAAGAAGGCAUUUGUAUGUAGGGCUACUUCUCGCUGUGUUGCUGCAUGUUCAGCACAAAAUGUUUACUAAUGUGGAAUGAUUCAUGGAUUCGGCCCAGAAGGCCAUUAAUCAUUGCAGUGGUCGCUCUCGGUAGUGUCUUAGGUUAAUAAGAAAAUGUCAUUGGUAAAUGUGAAACUGACUAAUAAAACAUGACUUCGGGUCUUCUUGCACAGUA